ACUUGCCAAUUUCCUAUGGCGGACACUAAGGCCCUCUGGGGCAUCCUAGACUUUGCAUGGGGCGGGCCUAACUUUGCAGGCCACGGGGAAUUCCUGGCCCGGGUCAUGAGUCAGCGCCCACCCCCGCGAUCGGGCAGGCGGGACGCUCCCCAUAAAGCAGCCCGCGCGGGGCUGCACCGCGCUCCAGCUGCUGCUGGGGCUGCGCUGCCGCCGUCCAGCCGUCCGUCCGUCAGUCUGUCGGUCGGUCCGGGCCGCCGCCUGCCACGCGCCAUGCAGCCCGCCAGGCCCCGGGCGCUGUGGCUGCUGCCGCUGCUCCUGGUCUGCCCCGCGCCGUCCCGCGCCAGCCCGGAGCCCGCAGGAAGCCAGGCGGAGGUCUGCCUCCUGCCCCGGGACCCCGGGCCCUGCCAGGCCCCGGUCACCCGCUACUACUACGACAGGUACAGGCAGACCUGCCGGAGGUUCCUCUACGGGGGCUGCGGGGGCAAUGCCAACCAGUUCGCCACCUCGGAGGCCUGCGAGGAUGCUUGCUGGAGGAUCCAGGAAGUUCCCAAAAUUUGCAGGUUUGAAGUCAAUAAGAAUAAGUGUGGCAAGUCUAGUAAGGAGUAUUUCUUUAAUCUAAAGACCAUGAGGUGUGAAAAAUUCCUAUCUGGUGGAUGCCUCUACAAUGCAAACCGGUUCCCUGAUGAAGCUUCUUGUAUGAACUUCUGUGCAUCAAAGAAAAUGCCAUCAUUUUGCUACAGUCCAAAAGAUGAAGGAUUGUGCUUUGCUAAUGAGACUCGCUAUUAUUUUAAUAUGAGAUAUAAAGCCUGUGAGACCUUCACCUACACUGGUUGUGGAGGAAAUGACAAUAAUUUCUCCGACUUGAAGGACUGUCAGCGAGUUUGUGAAAAAGCCUACAAGAGAGGAAAAAGGAAGACACAAAUUCCUCCCUUUUCCAUUAGAAGACCAAAAUCUUGGAAGAAGCAAUAUCUCACUCGACAUCCCAGCCCAGCGUUAUUUUGAUAAAUACAUUUAUGCCUGAGAACGUUAUUUGAUUCUGGAAAGCGGUGAGAAACUGGCUGUUCAACAAUGAAAGAUUGGUUGAAGAAAUUAUUUAUGAAGAAUAAGCAAAUUACCUAUACCUACCUGAAUAUCAUCUGAUCUUAAGAAUACAUUUUUAAAAAGAGCACAUAAAAAAGACCCAGAACAACGUGAACAAUAUACCACAUCGUCAUCAUCACAAGAGAUACGAAAGUGUUAAAAAUGGUUGCUCAGAGUCAGAUGUUGUGGUGCUCAAAUGUAAUCCUAACACUCAGAAAGCUGACAAAGAAGGAUUCCAAGUUUGAGGUCAUUGUGUGCCACACAGUGAGUUCAAGGCCAAGAAGUACUACACAGAGAGAUUUUGAGAACAAAACAAAACAAACCACAAACAGGUUACCCAUCAUGGGAGGCAGUGAAAAGUAGGCAUGUAUAAGAUAAAAUUUAUGGGAAUUCUCCUUCUUGUUUAAAGCUUGUACCAUGUAAUACUUUAUAUUAUUUGAAAUAAAAAUAAAAGACCUUUAAACAUGGAAA